CCCUUACCUCAAACAGAAGCUGGGUCUGUUGAGCAGUGUGCAGAGAAUUAUGGCUACAACACUCGAUAAUACCGGGUCACGCACAACGUACGCAAGAGCCAUUCUGGGAUCCACUUUGCACAAUCGUCUCCCCCAGACCAAAGUUCUGUUGGUUGGUGCUGGUGGCAUCGGCUGCGAGCUUUUGAAGAACAUUGUUCUCGUAGGAUUCGGGCAUAUCACGCUUUUGGACCUGGACACCAUCGACUUGUCAAAUUUGAACCGCCAAUUUCUCUUUAGAAAGAAGGAUGUUAAGCAGAGUAAAGCGAUGGUCGCGUCGAAGACAGCGGCUGCAUUCAAUCCAAACGUCCACAUACAUCCGAUUCAUGGGAACAUCAAGGACCCACAAUUUGACUUGACGUGGUUCAAGCAAUUCGACAUCGUGUUGAACGCUUUAGACAACCUUGACGCUCGUCGGCAUGUCAACAAAAUGUGCAUGGCUGGUGGCAUUCCAUCUGUCGAGUCGGGUACGGCUGGGUAUCUAGGCCAGGUGCAACCAUUACUGAAGGACCGCACGGAAUGUUUCGACUGCAUACCCAAACCGACCCCGAAAUCGUUUCCAGUGUGCACCAUCCGCUCCACGCCAUCACAACCGAUUCACUGCAUAGUAUGGGCCAAAAGCUAUCUCAUGGGUCAACUAUUCGGCGAGGACGAGGACGCCACAGGGGAGCUCGAUGAGGCAGAGAAGCAAGGAGAAAAUGCACAGGAGAUUGCAACGCUUCGGAAUGAGGCUCAAGCAUUCAAAACGGUUCGCGCAGCUCUGCGCUCGCCAACAGGGACCGCUGAGGCAGCAAGACAAGUCUUCCAGAAGGUCUUCCACGCUGAUAUCCUGAAUUUGCUCUCCAUGGAAGAUAUGUGGAGGUAUCGUGCUAAACCAGUGCCGCUCGACUUUGACGCUAUCAAGGAUAACCGGUUCGUCCUACACGGUGCACUCGCAAGCGAAGCAAAGCUGCAUGGCAAUGAAGCUGCACCUACUUCUUCGAACGCUUCGAACGGCGUGAACGGUGUGAAAUCCAACGGCAGCGCUACGAACGGUUCUGGUUCAAGUUCUAGUAUGACAACGUCGUCAAAAGGCUUGAAAGAUCAAAGAGCCCUGUCGUUAAGGGACAAUUGGGAGUUGUUCGUCACCAGCACCGAGAGACUAGCGCGACGACUGAGGGCGGGAGAGGAGACCAUUAGUUUCGAUAAGGACGAUGAUGAGACGCUUGACUUCGUGACCGCAGCUGCGAACCUGCGAUCAGCUGCAUAUGGCAUCCAGGGGAAAAGUCGUUGGGAAGUCAAAGAAAUGGCUGGGAACAUCAUUCCAGCUAUCGCUACCACGAACGCCAUCAUUUCCGGCCUGAUCGUUCUUCAAGCUCUUCAUUUACUACGCAAGUCGUACCACGCGCUGAAGAAUGUGCAUUUGCAGUUCAAACCCACGGUUCCGCUCAGCUCCAUCACCCUCUCGCCUCCUAAUCUUCAAUGCGGUGUCUGUAGAGAUGUGUACUCUCAGAUCCAAUGUGACCCGGCGCGAGUGACGCUGAGGGAGGUCAUUGAUGGGCUCCGACCAGCAGGCACCGAAGAUCGGGAAGUCAGUACCUACGAAGACAAACGUAUGCUCAGUGAUCCAGACUUCGACGACAAUCUCGAGCGCACUCUUGAGAGUCUCAGCGUCACCGCCGGCAAAUUCUUGAGCAUCGUCGACGAGGACGGCGAGUACGAGACUAUCACCAUUGCGGUCGGGAAUCUCCCUGUCGGUCACCCAGCCGAUGGUUCCGCAUUGGUUCUGCCAGAUACGUUGCCAGAGCUCCGCGGAAAACCUAAAGCCCCACCGCCCUCCACGCCUCCACCUCCCUCUGCAACGCUAUCGGCACCGACCGCGACCAAGCGGUCCGCACCAGAUGAUGAUGAAAUUCAGGAGCAACCACACCCCUCAAAGCGCGCAAAAACGGCUACGAAUGGUUCCGUGAUGAAUGCGAAACUCUAUACGCCGAGCAAGAAACGUAGGCUGGAGGACGACGGGCUCGUUCUGUUGGACGAGCCGAACGAGAAGGUGGAAGACGAUGUCAUAGAGAUUGAUUGAUCCUGCUUGAUGGUCUGUUCUUUGUCCCCUUUGCUUUGCACCUCACGCAUGCCUGUGUCUUUCUUGUUCGCCCGCUACCCGGGUCAUACUAUAUUAUCCCAUUAUUCCUAUCUUGAUGUUCAGCUGAAGAGUCCCGGGGCCAUACAUCUCCCUGUUAUGAUGUUCCUGCGCCAUGCAGUAUGGUACCUCCCAUCUCAGCCGCCCAUGUUUGCGUUUAAUUUCCGCGUGGUAUGUUCUUUGGUUCGUCUCCUCGCCCUCAUGCAUUCCCGCAGCGUUAGGAUAACCGUUCCUACCUGUUGCAAGAUUUGCAGCCAGCUUUUGUCCUUACAGCUCAUUUUGAUGCAAC